AUGUCUCAACAACCGUCAAAUGAUCUUGAGGUUUCUGAAGGGUCACAGCAUCCUUGUCAGUGCUCCGCUAUAUCCAGCAUGGAGAGUGUCCUUGCUCAACGGGAUAGGAUUGAACGUGGAUUGGGUAGCACGAGGAUUCCGAAUAGUCAGGACCACGUGCGUGGCUUAGAAAGUCUUCAAAAUGCUUUCGAACCUAUCAGAACGGUGGAGAAUCCUUCUGCGGUUCAUGAUGGGCAGCAGGAGUCAUCGAGGAACGUGGAGAUCCUGGAACAGUCGGUCCAGCCCAGGUCAGGAGAUAAUCAAAUUUUAACAAGACAUGGACAUGGCUUGUCCUGCAGUCCACGAAAUUUGGACCUGUCUCGUAAUCUGGCCUUCGAAGCUGCACGAAGGGUCCAGGAGUCAUCCGGGUGUCAGGAUCCGCAACACAGUCUAACAUCCAGUCCCAGUCCUCUGCUGGAACCUGGUCCAGGUCUGCUGGAAGCCAAGGAACUCGAUAAACAACUUGCUGAGGAACAUGGUAAAUCAUCGAGCAAGGAGAAGACGAAGAAUAUGCAGCAGAUAUUAAAUCCUUAUCAACAUCAUCGUGAUCCUAGUCACUUCCUACCUGAAUCUCAUCCACCUCAUGUUCACAAGCACUCUGAGAAUUUGCACAAGCAUCAGGAUGCUUAUAAAGCAACGUCUGGAUUGGAUGGCACUGAGGGCAUUAUGGGAUUUCGACAGCACACUCAUCAUCAUCAUGGGAAUGCAAAAGUUUCUCAUCAUCACGUUGGUCAAGGAGUGCCUGGAGGUCAUCAUCAUCAUCACGGUAAUUUGACAGGCAGUGGUAGCCUUGGUGGACACAUUCAUGGAAAUCCAGGAUCCUUAAACAACGGCACUACAGGACCUGGUGUUAUGAUUCAUGGUGGCUCGCCUAGCUUGCAUACACAUGGGGUAGUAAGCAGUCCCAACGUGAAUAAUCAUCAUGCGAGUACACCCAGUUUCUCUGAAAGUACCGGAUAUCAUCAUGGACCUGGUGCAGUUAGUGGAACAUCAUCGAAUUCAAGUUUGAUAAAUCAUGGAAAUUCACCAACGGGUCAUCAUCAUGCCAACGUUAAUAGCACUCUCUCAGCAACGCCUCUGAUUGCCCAUCAUCAUGGAAGCUCGUCAGGAAGUCUGACUGGACAUUCGUCCGGAAAUCAUCAUCAUCUAAGCUCUGGAAUAUCCUGCGAAUCCUCAUCUUCGAAUGCCAAUACCAGAACGCACAGUAGAUUGGAUCACGUGUACGACCAUCAUCAUCACCUUCAUCCGCAUGUAUCCGAUAUUAGACAAAGGGCUCCUUCCAGUCUUGAUCAUCAUACUCAUCAUCACAGUCAUGUUCAUAGUCAUGCCCAUGCGCACAGUCAACCCAGUGAUAUCAAGAACGUUGCUCUUAUAGGGAUUAACUCCAUACAGGUAUCACCUGGAAAAAGCAAAUGCCAGUGUCACGUCGUGCAGCAGACAACUGGAAACAAGAGAGCAGGAGGCGAUGGUGAGAAUGACGGGGGGGUCGAACUGACAUCAAGAACGCAUCAGCCUCCAGCACUCCCACCAAGACCACCCCCAAGGCCUACGAGGCAUUUUGAGACAGCAGCCCCCGAUCAUCGACACACCGGCGAGAGUGGAUGCUGCAAGAAAUACAUAAUUCUCUGCUUUCUCUGUGGCGGUUUAAACGUCGGAAUCGGAAGCUUCUUUUUGGCGGUGCACGUAGUCCUCUCAGCACAUACAGCCAGUCUAGCUCUCUUUGAAACGGUUCCAUCCUACAUUCCCGGAACUAUGCUGAUCCUGAUGGGAAUAUUCACUAUGCUGCUAGCGAGACGGAAGCACAGAUACGGUCUUCUGAUGAAAGUUUGCGGAUCCGUCAGUGUUGUCUGCGCCCUGGUCUGCGUCCUGGUGACGGUCACCACAACAGUCGUUCACAUGUCCAGGUUGCAGGGAUUACGGGAGUGCGUUUACACAGCCAGAGCAAGGUCCUGCACUUGCUAUGGCGCACCGCAAGCUAGAGGAGACCCAGGUGUACUGUUCGAAGGGACGCCGCACUGCGAAGCCGUCCACGGGGCACUGUAUUCCUGUCUGAGAGCACUUUUUGGAAUUUCCGUAGCUGGGAUCCUGGCCUGCAUCUUCUCGUGCAUGUUGGUCUACCAGCUGUUGAGUCACGAGAAGAAAAAGAUGUACUGGGAGCAAUUGGAAUUGCGAUGCAGGUCGUUGUAUGGUCAGGGUGGUCCUGCUGGGCCCACUGCAGGAUCAUGUGGUUGUUGCAAUGAUUGUGGCGGAGCAAGUCCCUGGUGGGCCCAAACUCCGGGUAACCUUUAUACUCCGAAUCCUGAUUUAGCGCCUUCCAGGCGAUGGCGUUUACCAUGGUCACGCUCCAGAGGACCUGCACCGAGUCCUGACUCAAAUUAUGGAUUUCACACGCAAGCCAGACAAACAGAAACUAAUCCAGACAGUGCGACUGGUCCCUACAGCGUUCUGAAUGCCCAAUCUGGUGGUCCUUACUCAGUGCUCAAUGCACAAAAUGGGCCUUACACUCCUAGCAGGGCAUCUUACAGUGUCCUGGAGACACCUGUACCGCUAUGGGGCCCACCGCCACCUUACAGUGAUCCCAAUAGUCCUGCGAGACGUCCCCAGGUUCCUGAAUCGAGACCUAGGAUUGCUAAGAGAUUAGACAAUUUCGAAGGGAACGAUGAUCACAGACCAAGAGUAACCAAGCGUUCAUCUGACAAUUACGAGAAUGCCGAAGAAAUCUCCAACAGUACUGAUCCCGAAGGAGGAAACGAGGGUACGAUGAAAGGAAGAAGGAUAAGAAAACCUUUGAAGGGUGUAGAAAAUGGUGCUUUCCAGCAAGAGCCAAAUCCCGCGCCAAAACAGUCAGAGAGUGAAUUGUACUUCGGGGACGUAUCAUCCUGUUGCGGACCGGAAAGCAGUUUCUACGACUUGGCCGUAGACAAGGAAGGAGCUGAAAAUCCAGAAGGAGUCGAUUACAUAGCAGCCCGUCUAGGCAAGAGACAGUUAUCGAAAAGAUCACGACUUCCACUUCCGCUGCCUACAGACAGCGCAGACGUCCCUUCAGACAGUUAUGCAAAUAGCGAGGAGCCAAGAAACGCAAGAGGACCGUUCCUAGCACCGGAUGCUCAAUACGAGGUUAUUCAGCAAGGUCGCUACGCGUACUACGCCUCCCAGGCAGACGAAGAUCUCCAGGAAGUCCAGGCAUCGUCGGCCUACUUCAGAGAGGAUGACAAUGACAGAAACCGAGAAAGGGAUUACAGAGACUACAGGGGAAAUCCUGAAGAAGAGACGCCGCAGUGCUGCUUAAGCGACGCCACGACAUUGGACUCGGGUUGGCAAAGCGGCGAGCAGCAACAAUCCGACGACAACGUGCGUCCCGUGAAUGUUUAAAUUAAGAAAUUUAAAAAAGGAACCCUUUAAAAAAAUAUUUAGCAUUACGAAAUUUAUAACCUAACAAUUUCUAGUGACUAUUAAAGACAAAGAAAGGGUCAAGAAGGAGAAAAGAGAAAGAAACAAGACUGUCUCAUUAAGCGGCAUAGCAGAAUGAACUGAUAAAAUGGAAAAUUAAUCCACUUGCGAUUCCCAGUGGAAACAAGAAACAAUGUCCAUGUACAAAAGUUGCUUUACUCUUGCCAAGGUGUACUUCUUGAUGGGCCAAGAUGUUGUGCCAAGUACUCCUUAUAUAAGUACAAUAACUCCGUGUCGAGUAUUUAAUUCAUAUAUAUGUAUGUCAUUGGUAACGGUAUAACGACUGACCAUUAUAAAGUUGAUUACACGAUUCUCGCUAUUUCUUUUAAAUUGUCGAAGAAUUUGUCCUGGAAUAAAGUAAAACUCAUACCGUUAGGCUUCUCCUCGCCCAGUAUAUAUACAUAAAACACAUCACGCAUGACGCAUCAUGGGUAUGUGUUCAAAGUUCGAGAUUAGCUCGAUUAACGAUUCCCGUUCUCCUCGUGGACCAAGGACAAUGUAGUAUCUGCUGAGAUAAGUAGUCAUCGGGAGAAAUCAUCAGAUCAUCUUUGUAUAGCCGUUACCGAGCGUACCCUUCCACCCCCCUCACACCCCUGUACCACCCAACAGUUGUGGAUUGUGUAUGAUAACAAUAACGAUAAUAAUAACAACAAUAAUAAUAUUAUAGAAGAGAGUACAUAUUUUAUAAGAAACAGACAAACAAUACUCGCACGUUAGAGACGCGUUGAUUUUAAAAGAAGAAAUGCGAAAAUGUAGUUUAAAUGUUGUUCAUCCGACAAGAAGAAAAAGAAAAGUGUACCUUAAGGAAAGUUAUAAAAUUGUAUAAGAGCCAUUGUCGAGCGAUGUAACUGUAACUAUUAUAAUAAAGCUUUGUUUUGUAAAAAAA